UAACCUUGCGAGACGCCUGGCAGAACACAGUUGCCUUAGCUUUUUUUUGGAAUAUGAAAUUAUCGUUGGUAUACCUGUUGUUCUGCAUUAAACAUAUCCAAACCCAGUACAUUCCCGUAACCAAAAAAAGCAAAUCUCCAUGCGACGCCUCCAACAAGAGCGCGCUAGUCGAACGUUUCUUCAACAUGAUCUUCAAUGAGUUCCACAACUCACCGCCUAUGUGUGUGUGCGUGCAAAUGUGUGCGGGCCAGUCUACAUACUGCUACCCCAACGGGUGUCUAAGGCGUGAUGAUAGAAAGCGAGAAGCGGACCAACCAGUCUCGUUGAUAGAAAAUGCACAAUCUUCCAUAUUCCUUGUGGACCAGAAGAAUGAAGUCACCAGAGAUUUGUAUGGUUCGGGAUAUUAUGACAAUACUGCAACUGAGUUAGGCACGAACAUCGAAGCUGUAGCUGAGAAACAGGUAAAUAUACGUCCUGAUCCUUUUAAAGAUAAAUAUAAAUCGUUGUUCAAAUACAAAAAAAUGCCUAAAGUUGAACUGAGAUAUAAUUUACGAGAACAAGUCAAGAACACCAAAUCGGAUGUUUUGAAAAGUGGAAGCGUCGACGUCUCGAAAACAAGAUGGCCUCAAACCAAACAUAAUAAGUUAAAUGGAUAUACAAUGUUACACGAUAUAAGAGAAAUUCACCCUUCUUCAGCAAAACAGAAGAAAUUCUUCAUAUCUUCUUUACCAGAGAAAGAUUUAGUAACAUACCCUAUAAGAUACUUCAAAAGAGAUUUAACUAAAAUCGAUGAAAAACUUAAUGUAACUGCAAAUUUGAAUAAAGAAAUUUUACAAAUUCUACAUUCUCACUCGAAACUUUGA